AUGUCCAUCACCGUUGAACGAUUCAUGUUCCAGUCUCUGGAACCCGAGAGCUCCGCCUCAGAGACUCUGCCCUACUGGUGGCUGACUAGCGGACGCGACCUCUCUCGCAUGCUCCAGGAAGCCCAAUACCCCGAGGAUACACAGCGCCACGGUGUUGGUUGGGACGGCAACCCCUUCGAAUAUGGCUUUGAGCUCAAGAGCUCGGGCAAGGACCAAGCGGUUCGGUUUGUCGUAGACGUCAGCCCACUGCGACCGGCCGACGACACCAAUCCUCUCGACAUCAAGAACUUUGAAGUCGUCCUUGAUGCGUUAUCAAAGAAGACACCCGGGUUCGACGACACUUGGUACACAUCACUCCGGAAGUGGUUCGUGCACUCCCAUCGCUCGACGGCUGAACAGAAGGAUCUGGUCGCGCAGGCGGGAUACCAGAUGCCCAUGAUACUCGGGUUCGAUAUUGGUUGUCAUCUUCCAAUCCCAGACGCCAUCCCGGUCAUGGCGAAGGUCUAUUUCCCACCCUGUUUCACUGCGGUUGCAGAGGGAAUCACGCGCUGGGAGGCUGUCCGACGCGGCACACGUAGAGAAUAUGAAAACGGUCCCCGCUAUCUUGCAACCGACUUUGUCACCACCGAGAAGGCACGGCUGAAGAUCUACAUGCGACAUCCAGCUGAGUCAUUCGAUGAUAUCUGGGAUUACUACACGCUGGGAGGGAGGAUUUCGGACUUGGAUGAAGACAAGGAAAAAUUCCGCGAGCUCGUCUCUCACCUCGUACAAUCCGGAUCCUACCCCGGCACAGGACGGUGA